AUCGACAACACGGGUCAAACUCAACUCUAUCCAUACCCGUAACCCGUUUCAAGAAACCCGAAACUCCCUUAAACCCUUAUUGUCUUGCAGCUGCAAACCCUUGCUUACACACAGGUCCAUCAAUCUGUGUCUAUCAACUCGCUUAAUUGUUCCUCAGAAAUGGUGAGCCAAAGACAAAGAAUAGCCAGAAAAAAGUUCAAAGAAGCAAACCCAGAUAAGUUCCCAAAACAAGAACCAACCCCAGCUAAAAACCCAGACAAGAAGAAGAAGAACAAGCCCCAAUUCAAGAAGAAAAAGGCAGAUUCUAGUGACCCAAAUAAGGGAACCAAGAGAAUAUCGAGUCACAAAAAACACCCACUUAGAGUUCCUGGAAUGAGGCCUGGUGAGAGCUGUUAUAUAUGUAAAGAAGUUGAUCAUAUUGCUAAACAUUGCCCUGAGAAAGCUCAGUGGGAAAAGAACAAGAUAUGUUUAUCGUGCCGACAACGUGGCCAUAGUCUUAAGAAUUGUCCAAACAAGAAUGAACACACGGUGGAUAAGAAACUAUGCUACAAUUGUGGAGAAUCUAGUCAUUCUCUUGCAGAAUGCCCUCAACCACGUGAGGAAGGAGGGACCAAAUUUGCAAAUUGCUUUAUCUGUUCUGAGCGUGGACACUUGAGCAAGAACUGCCCUAAAAACACUCAUGGUAUCUAUCCAAAGGGUGGUUGUUGUAAAAUUUGCAGUGGUGUGACACAUUUGGCAAGGGAUUGUCCAAACAAAGGCACCAGAAAUACUGGGUUUGGCAAAAUAUCAGCUAGAUUUGAAGAUAGACCCACAGGGCAGGUGACAAAGCUCACCAGUGGCGAUGAUCUUGACGAUGAUUUUACAGUGGAGGAUGCUCAUAUAGUUGAUGCCGAAGAACCCGCUAAUGAGAAAGUUCCGUCUUUGGUUUCAGAAAGCAAUGAAAAAACAAAGAAGAAUCAGGGACCGAAAGUUGUGAAUUUCGUUGGCUGAUGAAGGCUAUAUUUUUGGCUUGAAUGAAUGCACAAUUGUCUGUUUGUCCUUCCAUAGUCUGCCACAAUUGCAGUAUUACAUGUACCAGAUAACAUUUUAAUUUUUCUUUUAAAGAAUCAGCUGUGAGAUUUAAUUUCAUUUUACAACACAUAAAGCUAUUGCAACUUCUCAACCUUACUUCCUCCA